GGUUCAAAUACGGGUGGGAGCCAUCUUGAACGGCUGCUGGACCAGACUCUUUCGUAGUCAGCUAAAAACCGAAUACACCUUCAAACACCUCAAAGGGAGCCGGUUAUUUCACAUGUCUAAGGGUUGGGAAAACCUGAGAGGACGCUACGGCUUGGUAAAGCUAAGCCAGAUGGCUAGCUGAACAGUGAGCCUGUACUUGGAGCUAGCUGAGCCCUCCUGCUAUAUGGUUUUCCUCAUAGCAUCGGCGAGUGACACUUAUGCUAAUCCCCAACUUGCUAAAUAUAUCCACGCUUAGCAAUUUUCUGAAGAUUGGAAAGAGGCAUUUGUUUGUUGACACUUGAUGACCCAGAACGAACAAUACUGUUGUGGAGCCUGCUGAGAAGGAUCAGCACAAUUUACUUAAGAGAUAGCUAAUAGUCUGAAGAGGAGGACAAUCUCUCAAACUUGGAGUGGUCCCAACAGAGAGGACUCAUUCCAUCAGGCGACUGUUAGAGGUUUCAUUGUGACUGGUACAGAAAAGUUUUAAGUUUAGUAGUCAUGAGCACCGCAGGAACAGAGAACCCAGUGAUUCUGGGCCUGUCCAACCAGAAUGGACAGGUUAUAUGUUCAGCGAAGACUGCUGGAGCACCAGGUGGGGGUGGAGGAGGUGGUGGUGGCGGCGGUGGCGGCCCACAAAAACCCCAGAUAAACCAGAUGAAAGGCACAAUUAACAUGGGCAAUUCUGUGUCAGCCCCUACACCUAAUGCUGUCAUCAGGCCUAGAGAUGACUGGAAGAAGAGCUUGAAAUUGCCCCCAAAGGACAUGAGGAUGAAAACUUCGGAUGUGACUGCAACUAAAGGCAAUGAAUUUGAAGACUACUGCCUAAAGAGAGAGCUGCUCAUGGGAAUCUUUGAGAUGGGCUGGGAAAAGCCAUCUCCAAUCCAGGAGGAAAGCAUUCCCAUUGCACUGUCAGGAAGGGAUAUCUUAGCCAGAGCCAAGAACGGCACGGGAAAGAGUGGAGCCUACCUCAUUCCCUUACUUGAACGCAUUGACCUGAAGAGGGACUGCAUACAAGCUUUGGUCAUUGUGCCCACCAGAGAACUGGCCCUGCAAGUAAGCCAAAUAUGUAUCCAGGUCAGCAAACACAUGGGCGGGGUGAAGGUAAUGGCAACCACAGGUGGAACCAACCUACGUGAUGACAUCAUGAGACUCGACGAAACAGUUCAUGUGGUCAUUGCAACCCCUGGGCGUAUUUUAGACCUCAUCAAGAAAGGAGUGGCCAAAGUCAAUCAAGUGCAGAUGAUCGUUCUAGAUGAAGCUGACAAACUCCUGUCUCAGGACUUCGUGCUUAUGAUGGAGGAGAUCCUAGUCUCCAAACAGAGGCAGAUUUUGCUGUAUUCUGCCACCUUCCCUCUCAGUGUGCAGAAGUUUAUGACCUCGCACUUGCAGAAGCCCUACGAGAUCAACCUAAUGGAGGAGCUCACACUAAAGGGUGUGACUCAGUAUUAUGCUUAUGUAACUGAAAGGCAAAAAGUCCAUUGCCUUAACACCUUGUUCUCCAGGCUCCAGAUCAACCAGUCUAUAAUCUUCUGCAACUCCUCUCAGAGAGUAGAGCUCCUUGCCAAGAAGAUCUCUCAGCUCGGUUAUUCAUGUUUCUACAUUCACGCUAAGAUGAGACAGGAGCAUCGCAACCGUGUGUUCCACGACUUCAGAAACGGCCUCUGUCGGAAUCUUGUCUGCACUGACCUCUUCACAAGAGGAAUUGACAUUCAGGCUGUGAAUGUUGUCAUCAACUUUGACUUCCCUAAACUGGGAGAAACAUACCUUCAUCGCAUUGGGAGAUCUGGACGUUUUGGACACUUGGGUCUCGCCAUCAACCUGAUCACUUACGAUGAUCGCUUCAACCUGAAGGGGAUCGAGGAGCAGCUCGGAACAGAGAUCAAGCCCAUCCCUGGUAUCAUCGACAAGAGCCUAUACGUGGCAGAGUACCACAGUGAGAGUGGUGAAGAAGUCAAGCCAUGAGCCAAUCAGUCCAUCCUUCAUUCCCCUGUGUACCCCUUGUUUUCCUCCCCUCAACCCCACCGUAUUGGAUUUUUUUUUUUUUUUUUUUUUUUUUAAUGUACAGUUCUGUCUGUCUUCUUUUUUUUGGAUGCCACCAUAUGGAAUGUGUAUUUGGAUGGAAGCGUUUUUGGAAGAACUCAUUUGCCUUCAUAGGGCUCUGUGCUGCACCACCACACGCUGAAGACAUGAGCACUGAGAGGAAAGCAUGGGACCAAGUAAAAGA